AGAGAGAGACUGCGAGACUAUAAUCACAAUGGGACACAAAAUACAUUCCAUGCUAUUCAAAGUUAAAUUGAUUUCAUUAUGUAUUGGAUUACUAAUAAUUGCAUUGUUGCCCCACCUUUCUCGUGCUAAUAAGGAUGCUGAUAACUGUAAUUUCAAUUUCAACGAACAGUCCGAAGAUUUUGAAAUAUUCAAGACAUCUGAGCAAGGGAAUUUCAACACUCGGACAAAAUACGAUGCACACUUGAACUCUAAGCACACCAGCAUCAAAACAAAAAUAUGGCAGAAGGGCAACACAAAUAUCUUGAGAAGAAGUCAACGAGGAAAGCGUUCCAAGUCAUCGUAUAACUUGCCAUCUACACUGAUAAAGGUACCACCUGCUCCUCCCAUGAUUUGGACUGACGCAUCCGCGAAUGCACAGCUUUCACAACGAAUGCGUCGUGCCGUUACAGUACGGAAGGACCGAACAUGGGACUAUGGUGUAAUACCUUACGAGAUUGACUCCAUCUUUAGUGGUGCCCACAAGGCUCUCUUUAAGCAGGCCAUGCGUUACUGGGAGAACUUCACAUGUAUUAAGUUUGUGGAACGGGAUGUUAAGCUGCAUUCAAACUAUAUCUAUUUCACAGUCAAGAGUUGCGGAUGCUGCUCUUUUCUUGGAAAGAAUGGGAACGGACGACAAGCAAUUUCCAUAGGGAGAAACUGUGAAAAAUUUGGCAUCAUCAUACACGAGUUGGGCCACACAAUUGGCUUCCAUCAUGAGCAUGCCCGUGGCGAUCGAGACAAGCACAUCAUUAUCAAUAAGGCUAAUAUUAUGCGGGGUCAGGCGUACAAUUUUGAUGUGUUGUCUCCCGAAGAAUUCGACGAGCCACUCUUACCAUAUGACUAUAACUCUAUCAUGCACUACGCCAAAAACUCAUUUUCUAAGAGCUCUUAUCUGGAUACCAUCACACCCAUCGGUCUGCAUCCUGGUGUGCAAAUUGAAUUAGGUCAACGUCGUCGCCUGAGUCAAGGCGACAUUCUGCAGGCCAAUUUGCUUUACAAGUGUGCCGCAUGUGGACGCACCUUUCAACAAAAUUCCGGACAGAUCGUGUCUCCCCAUUACAUCUAUACUGACAACAGUCUACUUAGCAAUGUAGAGGGAAGUGGCGACGUAGGUGAUGAACCGCAGCACGUUGGUGCUAGCCAUAAUGCUCCAUCGUUGAACGUCUGCGAGUGGCGAAUAACGGCUACAAAUGGUGAACGUAUCAUACUCCAUCUGCAGGAGCUGCAGCUGUUGCAUUCGAGCAACUGUACGCAGGACUAUGUUGAGAUUCGCGAUGGCUACUGGCAUCGCUCGCCACUUGUGCGUCGCAUAUGCGGAAGGAACAUCAACGAGAGCGAGAUGAUCACCACGGAGACAAGUCGCAUGCUAAUUAAGUAUGUCAACAACAAUGCAGCACUUGGAUAUAGAGGAUUCAAAGCGCGUUUUGAAGUGGUCUGCGGCGGAGAUAUCUACCUGACCAAGGAUCAGUCCAUCGACUCUCCGAACUAUCCCCUGGAGUAUAUGCCCAACAAAGAGUGUAUUUGGCGCAUCACAGCGCCGGCUAAUCAUCAUGUUGCCAUAAAGUUUCAGUCUUUCUUUAUAGAGAAGCAUGAUCGAUGCAUUUACGACUAUAUUGAGAUCAGAGACGGCGCUCGCAGCGACUCUAAGCUAAUUGGGCGCUUUUGCGGCGACAAGCUGCCACCUAAUAUCAAAACGCAUAGCAAUCAAAUGUUUAUCAAAUUCGUGUCGGAUGGCUCUGUUACAAGGUUGGGCUUCUCCGCAGCUCUGAUGUUGGAUGUGGACGAAUGCAAGUUUAUGGAGCACGGCUGUCAGCACAUUUGCAUCAAUACCUUGGGCAGCUAUCAGUGUGGAUGUCACGCCGGCUAUGAGUUGCAGUCCAAUGGCAGAACCUGUGAAGACGCAUGUGGGGGUGUUGUGAAUGCAACUAUGUCCAAUGGCACCUUGUAUUCUCCUUCAUAUCCUGAUCUCUAUCCAAAUGCCAAGCAAUGUGUCUGGGAAGUGGUUGCGCCUCCAAAUCAUUCUGUCUUCUUGAACUUCACGGCUUUCGAUCUGGAGGGCACUAAGCUGCAGUAUACGAAAUGCAGUUAUGACUACCUGAUCAUAUAUUCAAAGCUGCGGGACAAUAGGCUUAAGAAGAUCGGCAUAUUUUGUGGAAACGAGUUGCCACCAAUCGUUAAUUCCGAGCAGAAUAUUCUGCGGCUCGAGUUUUAUUCGGAUCGAACGAUUCAACGCAACGGAUUUGUGGCUGAAUUUAUUGUAGAUAUCGACGAGUGCGCACUGAACAAUGGUGGCUGCCAGCACAGAUGCCGCAACACAUAUGGUAGCUACCAAUGCAGCUGUAGGAAUGGUUACACACUCCACAAAAAUGGCCACAAUUGCACGGAGACAAAGUGCAAGUUUGAGAUCACCUCCUCCAAAGGGGUCCUCCACAGUCCCAACUAUCCCAACGACUAUGCACGCAAUAUAUUUUGCUACUGGCAUUUCCAGACGGUUCUGGGACAUCGCAUCAAGCUGACUUUCAAUGAUUUCGAUGUGGAAAGCCAUCAGGAAUGCAUUUAUGACUACGUGGCCAUCUAUGAUGGUCGCUCGGAGAAUAGUUCGACACUAGGCGUCUAUUGUGGUGGCCGCGAACCUUAUGCGGUAAUUGCAUCCAGCAAUGAAAUGUUUAUGGUGCUCAAGACGGAUGCGGGACUACAACGUAAGGGCUUUAACGCAACCUUUCUGUCAGAGUGUGGCGGCUAUUUGCGUGCCACGAAUAACACCCAAAUUUUCUACUCACAUCCUCGCUAUGGCAUUAGGCCGUAUGAGCGGAAUAUGUACUGCGAUUGGCGUAUUGAGUCCGAUCCGGAAAGUAGUGUCAAAAUCAAAUUUCUUCAAUUCGAAAUCGAGUAUUCGGAGCGAUGCGAGUAUGACUUCCUCGAGGUCACUGAGGAGGGCAACGCUAUGAAUACUAUACAUGGUCGCUUUUGCGGGAAAAGGAAACCACCAGUGAUUGUUUCCAACUCAGACACUCUACUGUUAAAGUUCCAAACGGAUUAUGACAAUUCUUUACGCGGCUUUGCUAUAUCUUUUAUUGCCGUUGAACCACCAGACAAUGAUACUGGCGAAGAUUUGGAUGCGGCGGUGACUCCAUUUCCUGGCUACUUCAGAAAUAUGUAUGCAGAGAUGGCGGAGGGCAGUGACUAGCACAUAUCUUUCCACACAGUAGACUAAUGUGACUU